GGCGCCCGUGGAACGCACUUGGUUGGUGGUAGCUUCGAUAGCUGCGAUAGCUACUUGUGUACUUGUACCUUGGCACGACAAGCGAUUGAUUUGUAGCCCAAAUCUAAUCACAGUGAAAGUGGAUUACUGAUUAGGCGGUGGCGAUAGGAGCACCCGAAUUGCCACUAAUCAUAGUUCAAUGUUUAGUCUGCCGACAGUUGUGGUUGUGUUCGAUUGUGCGUGGAUUACUACGAAUAACUAAGUAGCUGGCAUUAUGGGCAUCAAGGUCAAGGAGACGACCCCUCAGCAAAUCCAGGAACUGAGAGACAGAUUCAACAGCAAAUACGAAUCGUCGCCGCCAUCAGUGCCCUUUCAUGAAAUCGAUAUUGAUCGCAUUCGCAACGAUCAUGUCUGGCUGCAGAGAUUCCUGGAAAUGCAUGAUCUCGACAUGGAUACAUCCUUCACCAAGCUGUGGGAGACCUGUGCCUGGCGUCAGUCCUACGGAGCCAAUGAUCUCGAGGAGAGUCAGCUAAACCAAGAAUAUCUAAAGGAGGGAUCGGUGUUUGUGCACAGCAGCGAUGUGGAUGGAAAGCCUCUGUUGGUAUUCCGUGUCAGUUUGCACAAUAACAAAAAUCUGGAUGAGCUCAUCCGCAUCGUUGUCUAUUGGGUCGAGAGAACCCAGAGGGAGCAGCACAUGACCCAAUUGACCAUAUUUUUUGAUAUGGCGGGCACGGGAUUGGCUACCAUGGAUCUGGACUUUGUGAAGCGAAUCGUCGAGACUUUCAAGCAGUACUAUCCCAACUGUUUAAAUUACAUUUUGGUGUAUGAGUUGGCAUGGAUCCUAAAUGCUGCCUUUAAGGUCAUCAAGGCCCUGCUGCCGCCAAAAGCGGUUGAGAUUUUGAAAAUGAUAUCGAAGAAGGACAUCAACCAGUAUAUACCUAAGGACAAAUGCCUAACCAGCUGGGGUGGAGGUGAUAACUAUGAAUUUAGCUUCGUGCCGGAGACAAGACAGGCUUCAUCCAAGCCAGUGGUCGCCGCCAAUGCCGGCGAAGAUGAGCAGUUUGGAGACCGCAAGGUCACCUUUGCCAGCCCCGCAACCAUGGUACUAAAGGAGUCCAACAUCAACGAGAUGCACACUCCAUCCGAGGGCAUGUUGCAAGUGAACCCCAAGGAGUUCCUAAACUUUAGCUCGAAGAAUGGAGAAGUCACGCUAAACCUCAAAUCAAUCUCCAAGUGCACGGCCGUCACCUACAAGAUCCAAACCACAUCGCCAGAGAAGUUCCGAGUGCGACCGCGAUGUGGCGUUAUACAGCCCAAUCAGACUGCGGCAAUCAACAUAUGGUUGAAGUCCGAGCAUCAGUUAAGCGGCGAUAACAAGGACAAGUUCCUGGUGAUGGCCAUGGAGAUGCCAAAUGGAAAUUGCGAAGUGGCCGAUGUGUGGCGUAACAAAUCUCCAAAUGCGUCGGACGUGGAGCAGCAUCGCCUGAUCUGUUCUCAAGACGAGAGGAGCAGUGGAAAUGGAUCGGAUUGUCAAGGCAAGGCAAAUAAGCCGAAAGUAGACUGCAAGAAGAAUAGUACUGCCCCAUCUUCGGAUGUGAUAGCGCGGCAGCUCGCUUUCACACAGAACCUGCAGUAUGUCACUUUGGCGCUGAUGGUGUUGCUCUUCGCCGGCUUCAGUUUCCUCAUGUACCAACAGUUGGGUCACGCUCACCCCGGAGCUGGUACCUGCCCCAAGGCGACAGCGUACUCCUGCAAGAACAAAUAAUAUUUACUGUCACCAUGUAAUCUGACCAGGCAGGAGCUGAGCGAUGUCAACUGCGACGACCACAACACUAAAAAGCACGACCGCAACUGCCAAGACAUAGACAACUACUGCGCCUGUGCUUUGGAUUUAAUGGAUCUGGGACUGGACUGGGGCGAUGCCGAUGGCGACUGCCUGGAGGCGCUUAUUCAGGCACAGCUGCAGUUAUGCCGCAGAUGUUACGAUUACGGCACCUACGACCGACAGCUGGGUGGCGUUGCAGCUGGCGGCCAUCUGCUUGGGCUCAUUGCCUUUGCCCGGAAGCUGGUGCGCGUCGUGCUCUCAGUGUCGCUUCUAUUUGGAAUCCUGUUCGUGAGCUUCUACCUGGGAAGCAACUAUGGCGGCAAUAGCAUUACGACCACAACCACCUCUCUAGCCACAGUCGAUUCAGCACCCAGAGGCAUCCGCCAUCCGUGUUACUACUCAUAGUCAAGCCAAAACCAACUCCUGUUUAAAAGCCCGAUUUGCUAAUCAGAUUUAAUGUUUUACUUGGCAAACUGAACGCAUAUUAGAAAAAGUAUUUUAUUACAAAUCCAGGUGAAAAUAUUACAAUCCUCUUCCGUUCUUACCUGCUGUGGGCCAUCUAUAAGGGUACCUGGCUCAGUGUGGUCUUAAGUUUCUAAAAUUUCUACAGUUCGACCAACCCCGAAAUACAUACAUACAUAUAUCCUCGUAUAUGAUGCCAGAAGUAGUGAUUUUGUGUUUCUUGAUAUUAUUCCUGGUUUCCCUACUGCCCUUAUAUUAUGUAGCUCGCGUCAAUGUUAAUCGCCUCUCCCAUUCCUUUCUGUCUGGGCCUCUAAUCAUUAAUAAUAAACUGUAUGUGUAGGAUGUCUUUUGUAUAAUAUAAAAAAUAGAAACCGAUAAUGUUGGAUCAAAGUUGAUUAGUUUGUAAAUAAAUCUCAAUUUAGUUUCA